AUGGCUCUUAUACUUUCACUUGCAGUUAUCAUCGGUAUUAGUCUUGCUCAAACCACAUCAGGUGCUUCUGUUCCGUUCUAUCGUUAUAGCAAAGGUAUCUAUGAUCAUUUCUACACAAUAAAUGCCGCUGAAAUUGGUACAACUAGCUCAGGUCAAGUUGGUCAAUAUGGAUAUGUCUUUGAAGGUAUCGCAUGCAACGUUUAUCCAACGUUUGGAGAACCCAACACCGUACCAUUGUAUCGAUAUGUUAGACCGGGAUCAACGUACCACUUUUAUACAACAAGUACAUCUGAAAUCGGAACAAUUUCACCUGGUGCCACUUUAAAUGGAUAUACAUGUGAAGGUGUGGCUGGGUAUGUUUAUAAAACACGACAACCUGGAACAUGUCCAUUUCAUAGAUAUUAUAACAGUCAAUAUAAUCAACAUUUUUAUACCGUAAGUCCAUGUGAAAUUGGUGUUACGGUCCCUGGUCUAGUUGGAAAAUACAAUUAUAAGUAUGAAGGAAUUGCCGCUUAUGUGAUCACAUCCUAUCCAUGUGAUCAAAACAUUGUUUGUUAA